AUGACUCUCUACGUAGCUUCUCUUUUCCUGCCAUACACCAUAGACUUUGAGGCCGCCGGUGUUCGGCUGGGCCAAAGUGACUUCGAUGGCUCUAAUCCUCUUCCCGCCAGCGAGGUGGAAGGACGGUUAGCAGAGCUGCAUCAGGAGACGCUGCCAAAAGUGCUUUCCAUGACUCCUGGGGCAACAACAGAGCACGAAAAAAUCUUCAAACCAUUCUACGCGCCGCAGUCAGCAUCAGAUGGCCCUAAUGGCCCAGCACCCACCGAGAACCCAGUGGAGUCAUGGGGCUCUAGUCGAAAAUUCAAUCAGCCCAUGUCAAAGGCAGCAAAAACACCAGAUUCUUCAAUUCUCAGCCGUCCUGGUGCUGUCGAUGGUCCGGUAGAUCAUCGAAAGGCUGACGAUACUGACUCGGAAGAACCAUCUUCACCGCGGGUGUUGCUGUCUGACGUCGAUUGGGUCGUAAAGUCGGCCGUGCAGGGAAAUGGAGGCCUUCGCAACGCGAUUGAUGCAGCCGCCAAAGCUGGCAUCGUGGAUAAAAAGGUUUGGGUGGGUACGCUGGGUAUGCCGACAGACUCGCUACAGGAACACACGCGCAACAACAUUGCUUCGAAGUUGAAAGAGGAGUUUGAAUCUCUUGCAGUAUUUGUAGGAGACAGUGAGUUUGAAGGACAUUACUUCCACUUUUGUCGGAAUGUUCUCUAUCCAGCAUUCCACUACCAGAUGCAAGAAAGUCCUCGCCACAAAGAGUACGAUGAUCAUUCAUGGAAACAAUACGUUAAACUCAACGAGACAUUCGCAGAAACAAUUGCUGCUCAGUGGAAACCGGGUGACCGCAUUUGGAUCCAUGAUUAUCAUCUCAUGCUACUUCCUCGGAUGCUGAGGGACAGGCUUCCCAAUGCUGAGAUUGGAUUCUUCAUGCACACUGCAUUCCCAUCAUCGGAAAUCUUUCGGUGCCUGGCUACGAGAAAGACGUUGCUGGAGGGACUCCUUGGAGCGAAUAUCAUUGGUUUGCAGACUGCAGAAUAUGUCUAUCACUUCGUGCAUACAUGCAGUCGAAUCUUGCGAUUGGAGGUGUCUGCCGAUAGCGUUCAUCUACCAGACCGGUUACUGCCCGUCAAGGCUAUUCCAAUGGGCAUUGACUUGGAUCUCAUGAAUGAACAAAGACAUUUGCCAGAGGUCAAGGAGUGGGUGUCGAAGAUCCGCGAGCGGUACGAAGGCAAGCAUUUGAUUGUCGCAAGAGAUAGGUUGGACGCUGCUGGUGGCGUCAAACAGAAGCUUCUUUCUUAUGAAAAGUUCUUGAAAAGAUACCCAGAAUGGCGAGAUAACGUUGUGCUGGUUCAAGUUGCAUCGUCAUCUGCACCGGAUUUGACAGAUCUCGAGACACAAAUAAGCAAGAUUGCGAUGAGAAUCAACUCCAAGUACUCGACGUUGACCCAUCAACCACUGGUUCUGCUUAAGCAAGACAUUUCAUUCGCGCAGUUCCUUGCCUUGAUGUCUGUUGCCGAGAUUUUCAUGAUUACCAGUCUUCGUGAAGGGAUGAACCUUGCCGGACACGACUUUAUUGUCUGUCAAGACGGGGCUUUAGAUGCGUCUCAAAAGUAUGGGUCCCUUAUUUUGAGUGAAUUUACGGGCAGCGCCUCUAUCUGGAGCGGGUACGAGUUGCUUGUCAACCCAUGGGAUUAUGUGCAAUGUGCAGACGCCAUUAACCGCGCUUUAACUAUGCCGGCUGAAGAGAAAGAGAAGAAUUGGCGUUUCCUAGCGGACCGGAUGGCAAAACAUACUGCCUCGAUGUGGUGUGAUACAUAUCUCAAAGCGCUUCGUCAGGUGUAUGAGAUGCAUUCAUCGCGGGAGCUGCAUACCAUUUCAUCCCUUUCCUUGGAGUCGGUACGAGAAAAAUACAACAAAUCAAAGAGUCACGUCUUUAUCCUUGGAGACCAAGCUAUAUUCCCGUCGCUCAAAGAAAAGGAGGAAGUUGCCGUCAGUUCGAAUCACGAGAUCCUCUCAGCAUUGGCAGCUGAUCCGAAGAACGUGGUAUACAUUACCAGUUCACAAACACCAAAACAACUCGAAUUGUCUAUGGGUGAGUCCCCGAACAUUGGACUCAUUGCCGAAAACGGCGCGUUCUUGCGGGAACCUGGACAAUCCGAAUGGCAACAACUACUCGAUGAGAGCGACACUCGCGACUGGCGCCGAGGUAUCCAACGGGUGAUGGAAUACUUUCAAGAACGCACAGAAGGCACAUCACUCGAGGAACGACGCUUUUCACUAACCUUCAACUACAAAGCUGCCGUCGACAAGGAGCUCGCCAUUCGCCAAGCAGCCGAAUUGAGCGAUCAGAUCAACGGUUCGCGCGGAAAUGUCCCUAUCCGAGCCGUCCUCUCAGACGGCGCGGUGACUGUUGAGCCUACGAACGUGACAAAAGCGACCACAGCGGAAUUGGCUCUGGAACGACUCAGUAAUAAUCCAGACCACGACUCGCCGGAUUUCUUAUUCAUUGCGGGUAAUACUCGCGGCAGCGAAACUCUAUUCAGAUGGGCGAAUCAACUUGAGCGCGAAGGACGGGUUGAGAAUGUCAUUAGUGUCACGACGGGAGGUACACAGGCGGUUUCGGCGGCGGCAACGGUUUUGUAUGAUAAUGAGACAUUGAUGAAUGGGUUGGCGGGAUUGAUUUCUCAGUGAUUUAUGACUUUGACAUGAGCAAUGAGCAAUGAUAAACGAUACACAUACACAUACACGAUAUGCAGGUAGUUGAUAGAAUCGACUAAUCAUGUAUUCUAGAUGCAGUACCACUUCUGUUCCAAGGUUAAAACUAACUAUCCUUUCGAAACGUCAUGAUCUUGGAACAUGCAGAGAUUUACACCGCAUACUAAUCACAUACCUAGGCAGUUUCAUAGUUGACAUUUUGAUUUAUUUGAUUAGUAUGAAUCCAAUGAUGUAUAUGAU